AUUGUUUAUUUUAAUAUAAUAUGGGUUUUUAAACUAUGAAAAUGUACACAAUCUGUGUCAUUCACCUGUCCUGAACAUAUUUUAUGCACAUCCAAUUUAUUUAUUGGUUUAAUUUGACCCGACAUCGAAAAUAUAUAUUUGAAAUAUCAUAAAAACGAAUAGGUAUGCGAAUUAUAUAUGUAAAUAAUUAUGACAUAAUAUCACCGGUACUUUGCUUCUACUCAACGGUUAAAUCGAACAAAAAAUUGUAUUACGGGUAUACGUAGAGACACAGUACAAGUAGAAAAUAAUUUAUUCAAGAAAUUCAACAGCGGUAUAUAACAUUUUGAAUUUUCGACCGCGAUUUAAGACGUAUAGUAAAUUUUAUGUAUACCUCGGGGAUAUCUCAAUUGAUGUCUUCGGCUAUACGAGAGUUCGAGCACGACAACUACUUACUGGUUAGCCGGUUUUGAAUUUUUGAUAUUGAUGAUAACAAAAUCAUAGAAUUAUAAUUCUGUGAUAACGCCAAAGAUUUACGCGUAGACCACGGUAUUUAUGGAUUUACCAUAGAGCACGGACAAAGAUACAGUGAGAUAUAGAUGGAUCUUAGUCCGCGCCAUAGAUUCUUACUCUAUGGGAUUUACACGGAAAUUACAUAAUUAAUAUACCAUAUACAUUAUGUCCGUAGAUAACACGGUGUUAUCAACACCGCGAGCGGUUAUUUCUUCAAGUUCAGGUAACAGUUCAUUUUAUUUCAACUGAUAAACGAUCGUUUAUUACUGCCUAUUUGUUUCGUUACGGUUUAGCAACAUUGCCCAAUUAGCACGUGCCCUUCGCGCUGUUUUGCGAACGUAAGCGUUAUUUGCGUUUUAUCCUUCGAACAUAUCAAUAUUACAUUAUCGGCCGACAGGAACAUUCAGUCGUAAUACAUAAACCGUGUUUAUAGGUACGUACCGUCGGUCUUCAUUCGACGAUAUUUAUAUGCAUGCGAUUUUUACCCGCAACGUCAAUUUUUUAUGACAACAUGUCAUUAUUAUUACUAUUAAGACGGUGAACGCGUACAAGUAGUGUUAUGUUGAUCGCUUUCGGUUUUAUUGACAUGACGUUCGUUCUAAAUUAUUAUUAUAAAAUCGUUUGUCCAGCGUGUAAUUAUAAUAUCGAAAUUAAAUCCGAACGAAUUGUUAAAAAAAGAAAAUUUCAAACAGGUACCUAUACCUAUCUAAUUUUUUAAUUUUAUUCAAUCGAUCUUUGGUUUUUGUUUGUAUUUUUUUUUUUUUUUUGUUCCUAACCAAUAUUUUACUGUCCGUAGAAUUUAUACGAUACGUUUAACUGCAGUGGGUAAAUGAUUUUCGCCUUUUAUUCUAUGUUUUAUUUUUAAGAUUUCUGUUGGUUCCAUUGAUGCCACAAUAGAACGAGUUCUGUGACUAACUUCCUUCCCCUGAGAUACUGCAUUAUAUUACUUAAAUUAUAUUAAUUGGGUUAAACUCUGGCUUUUGGGCAAUGGAAAAAAACACUUAAUACAUGAUCCGAUAUCGGAUUGUUCGUUUUCACCCCUUUUUGAUGGUACCCUAUGGCUCUUGGAUAUUGGAAAAAAUAUUAAAAUACCAACAACAGCUACAGAGGUUUUAUAUUUAUUCAUAAAACCAAUUACAACUUAGUACCUAUAUAAGUUACAAUUUCUAUUUUUAACUUUUUAAACACCAAACUUGGAUAUCAUUAUUGUGUCAGGAUCUAAAAACAAUACAAAUUUGUGAACAGUGGUCAAAAAAUGGAAAAUCCGAUCAUGUUUUAAUUGUCUGGGUGGUAUUGUUGAUAAGGGGUGAAAAAUGUAAAAGUCGGAAAUCAGAUUACGUAUUAAUAGUCUGAUUGGGUAUUUAAGCAAAUUUUAUCAAAGAAAUUUUGAUUAUUUUAAAAUUGUUUUUCUUAAACUCAAAAUUCAAUGAAAAUGUGUGUAUUUAAAUUUGAUUUGAUGUAGAGAAUCAAUUAAUGAUUAUGUAAUAUUGUAUAUGUGCCACUGCCCCGAGUUUAAAUAAUGGUAAUCGGAAUAAUAAUUCUCAAAAAUCAAUAAUAAUUAAAUACGAACAAUUAAUUAAGUUCAAAUAGAAAAAAAAAUAUUUUUAAAAAUACCACUUACCUUAUAAAUAGGUACAAUGCACAAAUAUUUGUAAUCAUAUUGAAAUCAUAUGUAGAAUAUUAAACUUUGUAAUUAAUUUUUAUAAGUAGAUACCACUUGUACUAUGUCUAUUGAUAUAUAAUCAAUGGUAUUACCUAUAUUACGAUUAUUAAUUAUAAUAUUAUAAUUUAUUCUCUCAUUCUAUAUCAAUAUGGUGAUUGAUUUGUCUUAUCGUGGUAAUGAUUUUCAGAAUUUGGUACUCUGUUCUAAAUACUUGCUAUUUCUAUUAAUUGAUGAAAUUCUAAGUUUUUUUUUAAUUUUACUACAAAAUUACAAUUAUCUUUGAAAGGACUUUCACUUUGUUUUUAUAAGCACUACACUCAUUGUUUAAUUAUUAUGAAGUACAUUAUUUUCUAUUGGAUCUUCAACAAUUGUUUAUUAGCAUUUCAUUUUUUAUGUAACAAUUUACUACUGUUUGAAUUAUUCCAAUUUAAAAUAAUUCAGUAAAUACCUAAUGUCAUAUUAUGUUUUAUUUAUUUAUUUUAAAACAUUUAGGUAGAUAUGUUAUGUUCAUUUAAUUAAUCUUAUUCAAUUAUCUAUUUUAGGAUCAAUACGUUCUAAAAUGAAAUAUAAAAAAACAACCAACAUUGUCCCAGCUGGUUUCGAAAGUGAUGAAGAAUAUUAUGAUGAAUUUGGUAAUUAUCAUCAGAAACCGGUCUAUAAACCACAAGCAGAGAAUUUUCAAUUGACAUUACAACAUGCAUGUAUUUCAAACAAUGUCCCAGAAAUUAUCCGUGCUUUAAAUUCUAAAUCUUUGAACAUUAAUUGUCAUUUGCAGAAUAAUUGGACUCCUUUAAUGUUUGCAGCAUUUUACGGAUCUUUUGAUGCAGUAACAUAUCUUUUAGAAAAUGGUGCAGAUCCUGCAAUACAUUUUGACUGUCAUAAUGUCAUCAUGUGUGUUUGCAAUUGUAAAUCUGUUAAUAUUAAUGAACUUGAUUUAGUAAAAUGCUUAAAUCUUUUUUUGAGUUUUAAUAAUAUCGAUAUUAAUUCUAAAGAUACGUCUGGUAUGACAGCUCUCAUGUUUGCCUGUUCCAACGGUUGGUUAAAAUUAGUAGAAUACUUGGUCAAUGAUGGUGCAGAUAUUGAAAUAGUAGACAAUCAAAAUGGCGAAACUGCAUUAUUCUUUGCUAUACGUUUUAAUCACUUUAAUAUUGUAAAAUUUCUAUUGUCACGCGGUGCCAACAAAGAUGCCACAGAUAAAAGAAACCAUACUGUAUAUAGAAUAGUUGAAAGUAAAAAUAUGAGUGAUAUGUUAAAUCUAUUGAAUGGAGAUGUUGAACAGGAACAACUACCAGAGUUCAUUUUCGAAGAACAAACUUGUUGGGAUAUUGUUAUAGCUGAAUUGGAAAAUGGUUUCCCUCGAGAUGCAGAAUCAUUCUUAAAUGCGUUGUCAAUGAAACAAUUUACUAGCACACUUAAAUCAAAUAAAACUACUUUUAAACAAUUACUCACUUGGAAAAGUAACGUUAAUAACAAUGUGGGAAUCACUUUAACACCACAUCAAAAGCUUUUAACUACUGCACUAAAAUGUUUUCAUACACGGAACUGGUCAAAUCAAUCAUUGGGCAUGAAAAGGCAGGAAAUUAAUGCUGAAACAAUUGCUCAUAUAUUAGCAGGUAUUGUAAGACAAUUGCAUGUAUUGGAUGCUACACUAAUAUAUUUAGAAUCUCAAAGUUAUAUCUUAGAUCAAAAGAAAGGCCGAGAAGCUAUACACAAUUUAAUGAUGAUCAAAUACACUAAAGAUAAAAUUUUAAAAUUGUUAUCAGAUAAAGAAGUGAGAGUUUCCAAAUCCGAUUACAUUGGACCCUGUAAGGUAAAAACUAAAAAAAAGAAAAAUAUUAAUGAUAUAGUGUUUUUUGGUGCUGCUGUUCUUUUAGUAUUAUUGCGUAUAGUUUAAACACGGUUUAUUUUUAUAAUCUCUGCUUAUAU